AUGGGGGACUGGUCAUAUCUUUCCAAGUUACUGGACAAGGUGCAGUCCCACUCAACGGCAAUCGGAAAGAUAUGGAUGAGCGUCCUGUUUAUCUUCAGGAUCCUGGUUCUGGGUGCAGCAGCAGACAGUGUGUGGGGAGACGAACAGUCUGAUUUCUACUGCAACAACAAAGAACCUGGGUGUGAGAAUGUGUGCUAUGACUGGGCCUUCCCCAUCUCACACAUCCGUUUCUGGGUCAUGCAGAUCAUCUUCGUCUCCACCCCAACUCUUCUAUAUCUAGGCCAUGCCAUGCAUGUCAUCCACCGGGAGGAUAAGAUGAGGGAGGCACUGCAGAGCCAGGUUGACAAUGGCAUGUUGAAGAGGCCCAAAUACACAGAUGACCGGGGGAAAAUCAAAAUCAAGGGAAUUCUGCUGCGUAGCUACAUGACCCAGUUGUUCUUUAAGAUAGUGUUAGAGCUCGCUUUUAUUGUGGGACAGUACUACUUAUAUGGGUUUGUCAUGAAAUCCAUGUUCCUCUGUCAACAACAGCCCUGCUCCAGACUGGGUGCUGAGUGCUUCAUGUCCCGUCCCACAGAGAAGACCAUCUUCAUCAUCUUCAUGCUGGUGGUGGGCUGCGUGUCUCUGUUGCUCAAUGUGAUCGAGGUGUUUUAUUUGAUUUGCAUCAGAGUAAAACGUGGAACCAAGAAGCAAUACCCACUGCAUAUAAUCUCAGCUGAGAACCCAGUCACGCCAUACAGUCCAGCAUCAGAAUGGCAAAGUAACCUGGAUGGACAUAAAGAUUGCUCAUCCCUUCACAACAUCCAAAGAGAAGCUGAACUAAUGGAGGAAAAUAAAAACACUCCUUAGGUUUUCAAUAGACUUCACUUGAUGAUAUUCUGACCUGUGAAUUUAUGUAAUCACAUGCAAUUAGUUGGCUACACUUCCAGUAAAUUAGAGGAAAACAAAUCAUUACAGAGUGUAUUGAGUUUUUGUUUGUCAAAUAGAUUACCUUGUUACUGAAUGUUGUUCAUAUUACAGUUUGUUUCUAUGCUGACACUGUGAUGACUAAUGUUUUGUAGGAUAUGCAUAUCUCUGUAAAAAAAAAACGUGAACGGAAACGUGAGAUAUAACUCACGGCCGCACAUUCCCAGGGCAUACACUAGAUGGCAGCAUAAACUUGGUGAUUGAAAUCACAUUUUACCAGUGAUCAGACUUUACAUUUACAUUUUAGUCAUUUAGCAGACGCUCUUACCAGAGAAUCUUACAGUUAGUGAGUGCAUACAUUUUCAUACUGGCCCCUCGUGGGAAUCGAACCCACAAUCCUGGCAUUGCAAGUGCCAUGCUCUACCAACUGAGUUACACGGGACCAGAAUAGGCUAUAGUCUUAUCUAAAGGUCUAGCUCUAUGUUUAUAAACACAUGCAACACAAGUUACCUUUCAUGUCAAAGUUCCAUAUUAUUAGUGCAACAUAAAAUCGUUAUGCGUCUUGAUUCAUUAAUCUCAUCAUGAUUAAUGUUUGACACUUUUAGUCUGUCAUUGCAGCUAACAAGAAAAGGUGAUUGUCAAACAUGUUUAGCAACUAUCUUUGGGCUUUGAUCUACAUACAAUGGAUAUCAUUUUAAUCAAUUAAAACAUACUCCUCAAAUAGGCUACUGGUUUACAGAUUGGCGCACAGGACCUAUCAACGGAACGCUCUAGCAUAUCAUAUGCUGUAGACUUGGUCUCGGUGAAGCUAUUAAUUCAUAGUGAUCUGAAAAAGUUGCUGUUAAUCUUGUUAUUUAAAGAAAAGAAAAUGUUCUAUGACACAAUUACAUUUAAGUUAAAAAAAAGUACAGAAACCGAGCGUAAGGAGGUCUAAGGCUUGACGUACCGGUCAGGUGACUCCAAGCUUUUCUCUCCUUCGCUUCUUUUUUUCUCUCCUCCUAGCCUGUAUGUGGACUGUUAUAAGGCAAGGAAAGUUUGAAAAGUUCGUCUCAGUUUCUCUCUGGUCCCAAACUUGGAUUUCAAGAAAGUGGUGACUGUUUUCAAGAAGUGACGGGGAAAGUCCCUAAGGGCUCUCUUCUUACUUCUCAGUAACUUUCCAGGUGAGCUUUGCGUUAAAUUCAAGUGCCAUUAUUGAUGUGAAGAAGUAUUUGUGUAUAUAUAUAUAUAUAUAUAUAUUUGCAUAUAUAUAUUUGCAGAGAAACUAAAUUGCUCAGAAUCCAGACGCACUGUGCCAAUACAGACACAUUGCAUUUCUAUAGGCUAUCUAUCCGCUAUAGUAUGGUCCAUAAUAUAUACUUUAAAAAACGUUUUUAACAAGGAAAAGUUUAAAUGAUCCUCCAAGAGAGAUUGAGCCAUUGAUUCAUCUGUUUCUUUUGUUGUUUUCCUUUUAUAAUUUGGUGUGACCAUUGCUUAUGAGUAACCUGUGGCAAAUGACUCUAAAAGCAGCAUGUGAUGUGAAUGAUUACAAGCUUAUAGAUAAUUGUAACUGAACUGCUUAUAAGCCGUAGACUGGAGAUUGAUUUGUUUUCUAAAUGUAAUCCUAACCAAGCAUAUUGACAUGUUUUUUUAUAUUUAUAUUUUCCAUAUAUUACAUCUUAAUGGAAUAUGAUCGAAUUGGGAUCAGAUUUGUGAAGUCCUUCCUUGCAUCUGGGAAGCGCAGUUUAAAAUCCUCUUCCACUGUAAGGAAAUCUUGAGGUUGAACUGAUGUACUUAUUACAAUCUUAUAAAUUGUGAUAUUCGCUCAACGUGUCAUUUAAUUGCUCUAAUAACAUCAUUACAAGAUCAGAGAUCUCAAGCUUUAGUGGGUUUCUUACUCUAGAUCAGCAUUGUCCACAUGGAUGUUUUCUUCUUCUUCUUCAAGUCACAAAAUGGUUCUGUUAUAUUAAAUUGGCCUAUAAAUGACCCAGUGAAAUUGAUUUUAAACAAAUCUUGAAUUACAAAUUAUUUAUUUGAAAAGGCUUUUAUCAUGGUACCAUCAUUGUUGAGUAAGAAGCAGUACUUAGAUUGAUGUGUGUUAUUUUUCACUUUACUGUAGUCCUUUGAGAAGUGGGGCCACAAGUGAGAAUAAUUUAGAUGUUUGGCAGGAUUUUCCUGUGUGCUAAACAUCAAAAUUGUCAUUCCUCAUUCAUUCACAUAUGGACUGUUUUCUACACAAAGUUAAACCUGCAUGUGAAAGGUUGUUUGUGAUGUGAAGUUGAAAACUCCAGUACAGUAUGUCUACAGUAUAUGCAGUACAUUAUUAGCUAAUUGAAGACACAUGCUUUUGGUACACCCUCCUAGCAGAUGGCUUCUACUUAUCCAUGUUUGUUCAUUGUGCAGUCAUUGUGCAGUACUGGCGUUGUUCAGAAUUUUUAUUAAAACGUUAUUUGUGUUUACAAACUUGAAUCUCAUAUGACAUGCAGUGUGAGUUUAGUAUCUGUGAGAGUUAGGUCUCUGUAGUAGAGCUAGGCAGGUCACUAAUAAGCGCACAAUGAACGGGGCCCUGUGCUGUAGUCUCAGAGCCCAGAUGGACUGUCUGAGUGCGCUCCAGACACUCUUGGAUCCUCACAGAGCUAUUGGCCCAAGCAGGAGAGCCAUUGGUCCCCAAUCUGAGGCUUGCUCUGAGAGCAGAGAGCUAUUAGGCCUUAGUGCAGACCACUAACUGCAUAGGCUGUAUAGGUAAAGUUUGUACUUGGAUGUGGACGUUGGUUAAAUUCAAUCUCCAGCUUUUAGGACCGAUAUUUACUGAGGAUGAUACUUAAUGAGAAUAAAAAUGAUAUGUCCAGGAUAAUCAGAAUGCAAAUAGAUCUUGCAUAAUGAAGAUCUUAUAGUUAUUUUCACAGCUGACUAGUAAAUUAAUGCAUUUUGUGAUGAACAGUGACUUUGUCUGAAUCUGUGUGACAUUUCUUUGAGACUUGGGUGUAUUUGCAUAACAAUCCUUAGAUUACACUGUAUAACAUAAAUUAACAUUGAGAAAUGCUCACACACACGCUACUUGACAUCUUUUAACAACUCGAAUAAACAUGAAACCAUGUAGAAAUAAGGCAUGCGGACCAAAUUAACAAACAAUGGCUUGAUGAGAAACAGGUCACAUUUUUAUAGCCUGCCGAUGAAGGGGAAACAAAUGUUUGUGCUUGUGUUUCACAAACCUGGGCUCUAUCAUCUACCAUUAUACUAUUCACUUACUCAGUAUUUUAAGAAGUACCAUCAACACUGGUAGGACCACACAAUGUGAUUUUCCUCUCAUCACUUCCAAUAGGAAGACAAUAGCCAUCAAAUUUACUCUCUGUAUUGAAGAUUCAUUAAGCAUAACGUAAGGGAUUGACAUCUUGUGGUCAAUAAGACAUUGUUCUUGUCCAUCCAGAAAUUUGAUUUGUUCUGUUCGUCACUCCAGCCAUGAAAGAGCCAUCACAAGACUUGUAGUCUUUACACUUUUUCAUAGAACGUUGAGAUGUGUUUGAUUAGAAUCACAAAUGUUACUUGAGAUAGUGAUAUAUAAGCAUGUUUAUAGGAAUGUUUUUUAUUUAUUGCAUUCAAUUAUUUUCUGUCUAAUUGCAGCUAAAACUCCUUCAUCAUGGGUGACUGGAGUGCUUUGGGGAGGCUCCUGGACAAGGUACAGGCUUACUCCACGGCUGGAGGGAAGGUGUGGCUCUCUGUCCUCUUCAUCUUCAGGAUCCUGGUGCUGGGGACGGCUGUGGAGUCUGCCUGGGGGGACGAGCAGUCCGCCUUCAAGUGCAACACCCAGCAACCUGGUUGUGAGAACGUGUGUUAUGACAAAUCUUUUCCUAUAUCACAUGUACGGUUCUGGGUGCUACAGAUUAUCUUUGUCUCGACGCCGACUCUUCUGUACCUUGCCCAUGUGUUCUACCUGUUGCGAAUAGAGCAGAAGAUUAACCGCAAAGAGGAAGGGCUGAAAAACAUCCAGAACGAUGGAGGCGAUGUGGACGUACCUCUGAAGAAGAUUGAGUUAAAAAAGCUCAAGCAUGGGCUGGAAGAGCAUGGGAAGGUUAAGAUGAAGGGAGCCCUCUUGAGAACCUACAUAUUCAGCAUUUUCUUCAAGUCCAUUUUUGAGGUGGGCUUCCUGGUCAUACAGUGGUACAUUUACGGCUUCAGCUUGGCUGCUGUCUACACCUGUGAGAGGUCCCCCUGCCCCCACAGAGUCGACUGUUUCCUCUCCCGACCUACUGAGAAAACUGUCUUCAUCAUCUUCAUGCUGGUGGUCUCUCUGGUCUCCCUGCUUCUGAACGUCAUUGAGCUCUUCUACGUGAUGUUCAAGAGGAUCAAGGACCGUGUGAAGGGGAAACAACCGCCCGUCCACUACCCUGGCACUGGGACGUUAAGCCCCACUCCCAAGGAUCUGUCCACCACUAAGUAUGCCUACUAUAACGGCUGUUCCUCUCCCACUGCACCGCUGUCCCCCAUGUCACCCCCAGGGUACAAGCUGGCCACUGGGGAGAGAACCAACUCCGUUCGCAACUACAACAAGCAAGCCAAUGAGCAAAACUGGGCCAAACUAUAGCACGGAGCAGAACCGCCUGGGCCAGAAUGGCAGCACCAUCUCCAACUCCCAUGCACAGGCCUUUGACUUUCCUGACGACACCCAGGAGAGUAAGAAACUGACCCCAGGGCACGAGCUGCAGCCGUUGGCCCUGAUGGACCCUAGGCCCUGCAGUCGGGCCAGCAGUCACAUGAGCAGUCGGCCGAGGCCAGAUGAUCUAGAUGUCUAG